CUCCUUGAGAAUCAUUUUCUGAGUUGUUAGAGUUGCAGUCAGCAAUGAAGAAACAAGGUUGUGAAAUAGAAGCCAUAGGUAUCAAUUACAGCAUUAACGCACAUAAGAAUUCAUUUUGCAAAAUCUUUAACUCAAAUCAGCCGCAGCAGCAACAGCAACAAAGACAGCAUGAUCAAGUUAAAGCAGCCGGAGAAACAGUAUCAAGCAGCAAGCAAGUAUUAAAAAACGUGAAUUGUCAUGCUAAACCAUGGGAGAUUCUUGCGAUAGUAGGGCCGAGCGGUGCGGGCAAGUCGACUUUGCUGGAGGUUCUUGCAGGAAGGCUUACCCCUCAGACAUCGUCCAUCUUUGUUAAUCAGAAACCCUUUGAUAGAGCUCAGUUCAAGAAGAUUUCUGGCUAUGUUACCCAAAGGGACACACUUUUCCCUCUCCUAACAGUUGAAGAGACUCUCAUUUUCAGUGCUAAGCUUAGACUUACGCUUCCACCAUCUCAACUGAAUUCAAGAGUUAAAGCAUUGAUAGAAGAACUAGGCUUGAGCCAUGUUGCCAAAACCCGUGUUGGUGAUGAUAGACUCCGUGGUGUAUCUGGUGGUGAAAGGCGACGUGUUUCCAUCGGUGUCGAUGUUAUACAUGACCCUAGAGUUUUGAUCCUAGAUGAACCAACAUCUGGAUUGGACAGUACAUCUGCUCUUCAAAUUAUUGAUAUGUUGAAGAUCAUGGCGGAGACACGAGGAAGGACUAUAAUCCUUACAAUUCAUCAGCCAGGGUUUAGAAUUGUGAAGCUAUUUAAUUCCCUUCUUUUGUUGGCAAAUGGCUCCGUGUUGCAUCAUGGAAGUGUUGAUCAGCUUCAACUGAAACUGAGGUCGAUUGGACUACAGCUCCCACUUCAUGUCAACGUCGUGGAUUUUGCUAUCGACUCCGUAGAAGACCUUCAGCAUGAACAGCAACAAGUGCAACUAGUAAGUAUAAUUCAAGAUCAACUCCAGUUGCAACAGAAAAGAGUUACUGGAGAUCAAGAAAGUGAGGUAAGAAGUGGUAAGUGCACAUUACAACAGCUCUUUCAGCAAUCUAAGGUAGUCAAUGAAGAAGUUUUCAGUGCUGGACUUGAUCUUAAUCCUUGUGGUUUUGCUAAUUCUCGACUCCGGGAAGUCUUUAUACUUACACAUAGGUUCACAAAGAAUGUUUAUCGAACUAAAGAGUUGUUCACUUGUAGAACAAUUCAAAUGCUAGUCGUUGGAUUGGUGUUGGGUUCGAUAUUUUACGAUCUCAAAGAUAAUCUAACAGGGGCCGAAGAGAGGGUGGGCUUGUUUGCAUUUGUAUUGACAUUUCUAUUAUCUUGCACCACCGAAGCUCUACCCAUCUUCUUGCAGGAAAGAGAGAUACUAAUGAAAGAAAUUUCAAGUGGAAGCUACAGGGUUUCGUCUUAUGUGAUAGCGAACGGAAUAGUAUUUCUACCGUUUCUACUAAUACUUGCCAUCUUGUUCUCAGUACCAUUAUACUGGCUUGUGGGUCUGAACAGAAGCUUCACGGCUUUCAUGUAUUUCUUGCUGUUGAUUUGGUUGAUUUUCUACACUGCGAAUUCGGUGGUAGUUUGUUUCAGCGCUCUGGUGCCGAAUUUCAUAGUUGGGAACUCCAUAAUAUCUGGCGUAAUGGGAUCAUUCUUUCUGUUCUCUGGCUACUUCAUAUCGAAGAGUGGGAUGCCGAAUUAUUGGGUAUUCAUGCAUUACAUAUCACUAUUCAAGUAUCCGUUUGAAGGGCUACUGAUAAAUGAGUUCUCUGGAGCAGGGAAAUGCUUGGAUCGCUUGUUUGGAGCUUGUAUAGUGACUGGAGAAGAUGUUUUAAAGGAAGCGGGGUUUGGAGAGGGCAGUAGGUGGAGAAAUGUUGUGAUUAUGAUUUGUUUCAUCUUGUUUUACAGGUUCAUGUCUUACAUUAUCCUUAGAUGUAGAUGUUCUCAGAUGGGUCAUAAUUGAGUAACAAAAUUGUAUAUGUAUGAGUAUCUCUAUUUUGAACCUAAAUUUAAUAAUAACUUCUCUCUCAA